GUCAUGGCAACUUCCGUAUUGCAAAAUGGUGGAAAGUAUUUGAUGCAGCAGCAUAAGCGUAAUCGCUGUCAGAUACGUAAUAACCUGCAUUGUGUGCUAUAUAGUGGCAUUUACGACUGCAUCGCGUGAAUGCUAUUUUCUUGUAUAGACAUACAAUGGAUUUUAGAAUUCUUAGCUGAUUUAUCGAUAAUUCUUGAACGGCAGCACUGCAGCCGGCUAAUAUGUAGUCUAACCACAAAAUAAUUUGUAUAAAUUGAGAUAUAAAAAUUAAUAUUAAACAUCCAUAACGUGAACUGUCAUAAUGAAUAAAAUAACCAUAACGACGUUUUAUUUAGUAUUAAAUAUAAUUUUUUCUAUUGUUAUCGUUUUACUCAACAAAUGGUUGUAUGUUCAUAUUGGAUUUCCAAAUGUGACAUUGUCAAUGAUCCAUUUUAUCGUCACAUUUGUUGGUUUAGUAAUUUGUGAAAAAAUGGACGUUUUUUGUAUAAAAGAUGUUGCUAUAAAAGAUAUGCUUCUGAUUGCUAUGACUUUUUGUGGAUUUGUUGUUUUAACAAAUCUGAGUUUGGCGCAUAAUACUGUCGGCACUUAUCAAGUUGCCAAGAUGCUUACUACUCCGUGCGUUAUUAUAAUGCAAAUUAUAUUUUAUAAAAAGCAUUUUAGUAUACUUGUUAAGUUAACUUUAAUUCCAAUUACAUUGGGUGUAAUUAUCAAUUUUUAUUAUGAUCUACACUUUAAUGUCUUGGGGACAAUUUAUGCAACACUGGGCGUGCUUGUUACAUCUUUAUAUCAAGUUUGGGUGAACAGGAAGCAAAGAGAAUUUCAAAUGGAUCCAAUGCAACUCUUGUAUUAUCAGGCACCAUUAUCAGCAGCAAUGCUCUUUGUUAUAGUACCAUUCUUGGAACCAAUUGGAAAUACUCUUACCCAUGAAUGGUCAUUUUUGGAUGCUAUGAUGGUAUUAUUAUCCAGUAUCGUUGCAUUCUUUGUUAAUUUAACAUCCUAUUGGAUAAUAGGAUAUAUGUCUCCUCUAACUUAUAACAUGGUUGGACAUUCCAAAUUCUGCCUACUUCUUUUAGGUGGUAGCAUAAUAUUUCAUGAAUCACUAGCAAUAAAUCAACUGAUUGGUAUCACAUUGACAUUGGUUGGAAUCAUCCUUUAUGCUCAUGUGAAGGCAAAUGAAGGACAACGACUCUACGGUAUCGGAGUCAACAUUAGAAGAAGGAAAGCCUCUGCAUAAGCGCUAAAUUUUGUACAAAUAAUCUCGAUUGAAAGCAUUGUAAAUAGACUAUUUUCUUUUCAUUAUAAAUUUUAUCACAAUUUUUUUAUUUCUAUUAAGAUAUCUUUAUAAAUUGAUUAUGAAUUUUUCUACCAUUUGUGAGAAAACGUAAUGGUUCGUAGACAUCUAGCGGAAUAUCGAGUAUCACGUAGUUUACGCACACUAGAGUCCCUCUAGUAAGAGUCCGGCCAAUGGUGGGGCUUGUUAGUGAUUGGCUCCGCCAUAGUCUGGGCUCUUUCCGGAAUAGAAUGGUGUGUGUGAAUACAUAUAUCGGAGCAUUCCAGAGCAUUCGUAUUGUAUAUUGUGCGUAAUUUAAUGGCAGAGUGAGGUUCAACAGUGUUUUUCAGGAGAAAACAUCAUAUACUCGCCUAGGAGACAAUAUAACUCUUCUACAACUGGAAAGCAUAGACAGUAAUUUUGAAUCAUGAAUUGUAAAAAGAUCAUGGGCUGGUUUGUAUGUUACAUUUUAACGUAUUAAGGUAGUUUGAUGAUAAACGGUGUUUCCAGAAUGUUUUAAAUCACUAAACUAAGAAAUAUUUUGUCAUCAAAGCAAUGCAAUUUUCUACUGCUUUUUAAUAAGGUUUAUAUUUACCACCAAUCAAUGUUUAAUCACAGAAAUAAUGACGGUUACUCAGAUGUUUUUUGAAAAUUUCUUUUACACAAUAAAAACAGAUCAUCUUAA